UGAAAAGUACACGUCCCCGUCUAGAGUCAAGAGGAGCAGAUGGUCGGCCACUGUUGACACGUCGGCAAUGUCUGAGCCGGGACGCCGUUGAAAAAACAAAUCGUCUUCCAAUUUCAAAAAGCAACGCCUGUUAGAUCUAGAACCGGCAAACUUUUUUCUUCAAAAUUUGGACACAUAAAUCAUAGAUAAACUGACUCGUUCGUCAUAAUGGCGAAGGGAAUAAUGAACACUCCUCUCCGCGCGGUUUUUGCUCCUGUUUUGUGUCUGCUGCUCUCAGUUGCAGCGUCGUCUGCUUUCAUUGUGUCGUCAUCAAAUUCUGUGCGCACAUUUACUCAGCUGGAUCUCUCGUCAAAUCUGAAGAAAUUCAUUGAGCAUGAGGAGAUACGGCUCAAAGUUAUAAAAGAACCCCGACAACAUCGAGCUGUACCGAGACUACGUGAAGCACAGGUCCGGCCGUAAUGUAACGCCCAUGCCAGAGAUGGAGACAGAGAAAGUGGAAGACUGGAGGAAGAAGUACUUCGAGAUGUGUAAAAACAGUACUGGCAUCAGUGUCUAUGAUAUAAAGCUGAAGGAAUUCAUUCUUCCUGGAAACGAUCGAGCAACUUUGUGGCAGUACAAAGGGACUUUCUUCCGUGAUGACGAGAGCCCUGCGUUUGCAAACAUUUCCCAGAAGUGUGGUGACGUCACAGGUCUAGACGUGUCGCAGCGGAAGACAAUCCACGGUCACUCUAUGGGCGAGCCCGUGCACGUCAUUGACUUCGGAGUUGGUGGCCUCGCCUUGCCUCAUGCUGACAACAAGAAGAUCUACCAUGCUUCAUACAUGGGCAUCGUAAAUGGCAACAGAUAUGCAAGCGUGUAUAUACAGUUCUGGAGAAGGGUAUCUGGCAUACCAUUUUUGACAAGACCCACUUCUGUGGAAAGAAGCCCAAGUCCACCCGAUUCGCAAUGGAACGGGUUCAAGCCCUGAGUCAAGCAAGAGCAGCUGCUGAUAAACCGGCUAUCAAGAUUGUGGGUGGAUCAGGAGAGGAACGUCAGAAGGAGGAGCCGAAAGGAAAGACAGGAGAGGAGGAGAAGACAGAAGUAAGAUCGGAAGAAAAGAAAGAGGAAAAGGAAGAGGUGAAGGAAAAGGAAAAAGUGGAGGAAAAGAUUGAGGAGAGGGAAGAAGUGGAGGAAACGAUUGAGGAGAAGGUUGUGUCUGAGGAGGUGGAAGUCCCCACAGAGGAGGUCGUUAUAAUGGAAGAGGCGUUGCCUCAAGAGCAGGAGCAAGAGGAGGAGAAGGCUGCUGAGAGAGAGGAAAGUGCUGAGAAGAUUGAAGUGGAAGUUGUAACAGAGGAAAGCGAAAAGGAAAGUGGGGAGGUGAAGGAGGAGAAAAAGGAAGAAGCAGCUGCUCCGUCCCAGGAUGAGAGUGAGAAAAAGGAAGAGAAGAAAGGUGAAGAGGAACCUGUAAAAGAGGAAAGUUCUGAGAAGGAGGGAGAGACGAAAUCGGAGGAGACAGAAGUCCCUUCCAAAGAUGAGAAAUCGGAGGAAAAGGGGAAAGAGGAAGAAGCCGAAAAAGCAGGAGAGGCAUUAAAAGAGACAGAAACGAAGAAAGAGGAGGCGAAGGUAGAGAAGAAGAGUGAAGGGGGAGAAAAGGGAAAAGAGCAGGCUGGGGAAGAAGGCGAUGCAGAAGAAGAAGAGGAGGCAGGAGAGGGGGAAAAGGAAGCCGAAGAAGACGAAGACGAAGGAGAGGAAACACAGGAAUAAAAGAGAUAAAUAGAACAUUACAAAGGUGAAGAAAGAACACGUGACAGAGAAUAAGAGAAGACUAAAAGAGAGAUGUCUUGAGAGCAAAUGAAAUUUGGUUAUAAUUAAAGUACCUAUCUGUAUGUAUGGACACGUUUGUUUUGUUGAAAAUGAAUCGUUGGUUCAAAGAGCAAUACUUCUGUGUUUGUUUAAGAAUGGGAUUGCAAGAUUAUAUUUGUAGAUCCCAACACUGAGUGUGUGCGGCAUUGCGUAUAUCAAUGUGAGUUCGUGUGUUUGUUUGUCCAAUAAUUGUCUGGUCUAAUGACUGACGUUUUUAUUCUGCUGUUCUUGAGAGGUUUACUGUGGUAAAGGGGGGCGGAGAGAGAAAUAUAGAACUGGUGAGAAAUAAAAACUGAAUGAGAACGAUGCAUUAUUUGUCUUGUUGAGAAAUGACGUGAUCAUAAAUUUUCUUCGUACCUAAAACUCUUGGGUUAAUUUUUUACCGUAGACUACGAUCGACUUUUGAUCAAUUAAGUGUACAAGUCUUUAUUUCCGUAGACUUGUAGGCCCUAUUAGGGGAAUAUCACAAAAGAAGUCUCUGAUAUUGUUAUUUUUUAAAUUGAAGAAUGUGAAGAACUGAGAAGUUAAAAAUAUGUCUCAGACUCUGAAGACGUCUUUGACUUCAGCAGUGGGAUCCAUCAAAAUCGGUUGUGUCAUUUGGAAGCUUACAUUUUAAAGAUCCUUGUAGGCCAACACUUUAAUUUAUUUUCUUUUUCUCCUUUUGGUUGGAGUCACCUGAUAUAAAUAAGUACCGGAAUUUAAACUGUGCACACCUCUGCAUCCAGACCCCAGUGCCCGCUUUUGUUUUUCCCCUACCUAUACCAUACACAAGACAUAAUUUACUGAUUUUACAUGUCAUCAUCGUCUUCCCAUUUUGAAGUUGUUGUAAGCAUUUAAUUU